AUGACUUCCUACGGCCACCAGGUGCCCCCGCGCCACGCUCCUCCGUCGCAGCAGGGCUACGCCGUGCAUCCUGCCAGUGGCAAUGCCGGCCUGCCGGGCCACGGCCACGGCCACCGUCCCGGAGGCGGCGCUCCCCCGGGCACGUUUACGUCGGGCACCAAGAUCCAGGUUGGCAGCCACCGCGUCGUGAUCCAAAAGUACCUUUCCGAGGGCGGUUUCGCCCACGUGUACCUGGUGCGGCUGCCCGCGCCCGUCGAUGGCACCGACCUCGCCGUCCUCAAGCGUGUCGCCGUCCCCGACAAGGAGAGCCUGCGCGCCAUGCGCACCGAGGUCGAGACCAUGAAGCGCCUCAAGGGCCACCGCCCCAUUGUCGCCUACAUGGACUCGCACGCCUCGGAGCUGCGCGGCGGCGGCUACGAGGUCUUUUUACUCAUGGAGUAUUGCGACGGCGGCGGCCUCAUUGACUUUAUGAAUACGCGCCUGCAGCACCGCCUUACCGAACCUGAGAUUCUCAACAUCUUUGCUGACAUUGCCGAGGGCGUCGCCUGCAUGCACUACCUCAAGCCCGCGCUGCUGCACCGCGACAUCAAGGUCGAAAACGUCCUCAUCACCACGCGCUCCGGCGGCCGCCGCUUUAUGCUCUGCGAUUUCGGCUCCGCGGCCCCGCCGAGACCGGCACCUUCGUCGGUUGUCGAGUGUCGCUUGAUGGACGAGGAUGUGCAGAAACAUACGACCCUCCAAUAUAGAAGUCCCGAAAUGGUCGACGUCUACCGAAAACAGCCCCUCAACGAAAAGGCCGAUAUUUGGGCCCUCGGCGUCUUCUUGUACAAGCUCUGCUAUUAUACCACCCCGUUUGAAGACCAGGGGCAGCUUGCAAUCCUGAACGCGAGCUACAAAUUCCCCAGCCAUCCCAAUUUUUCUGAAAAAAUCAAGAGACUUAUCGCAUCCAUGCUCCGAGAGGACCUGAAUGCUCGACCGAAUAUAUACCAGGUGGUGGCCGAGGCUUGUGCCAUGCAAGGCCGCAAGAUUCCGAUUCCCGAUAUCUAUUCGGGGCGUUCCGGGUCAGAAUCACCGUCUAAAACGAAGGGCGAAGCGUACCGAGAAGCACCGAAACCAGUAGUUGGUGUGUCGUUAUCUGCCCCAGUUCAAAGUCAGGAAAAGCUACCAGAUAUUACACCUAUGCGGCGUGGUCGACCAACGCCAUCGCCGGCACAAUCUCAGCCGCCUGCGGUCAGCGGCGCCUCAAAUCGUGUGAAAGACGAUGACCCAUUCGCCGCGCUGGAUGGGAACGCGAGCGCGAGCGCGAAGCCGUCUGUAUCUGACGACAUUUCAGAGCGAUUUCCUAGCCUGGAUCAGUUUUCACUGCUUCAUCACAAGGGCAACAAGUUCGAUUUUGACCCCAAGAGCCCAACAACGCCGAAACCAAGUGUGGCUCCCAAGAUCAACAUGGCCGACAAGCUAGCAGACUCGGCCUUUGCGGCAUCCAGACAAGCUGCCCCUGCCACUGUGCCAUUGGAGCGCCCCCACUCUGUUACACCUGUUGUGAGCAGGCCAUCUGUUGCGCCACCAGCGAUAGCGAUAGCCCCGGCAGCCAUUAAGCCGUCGACAUCUCAGCCAGUCAAUAUCCGGCCUGUCUCUAUUCAACCACUCCCAGCUUCGAUCACUGCAUCCCGUUAUGUAUCAACCGGCACGAUGACAUUUGACCCCGCCUCUGAGAGGGAACAGAAACAAAUGGCGGCGCCGGCUCAACUUAUACAGCAAAAACCCAUCAUGCGAUCCUCCUCCGUUUCUGUUCGUCCGACACCUCCUGCCUCUUCGGUCCAAACUACCAGAUUACAAGCUCGUCCAACCACGCCCGAAACUCCAAAGUUCGAGAACGUGCGCGGCUACUCAGAUUUCAAUGCGAGCCGACCCCGACCUGUUAGCACCAACUUUGACAGUCGGAAGCACUCUUUGCCAGAUCACAGCAAAAAAUCUACGCAAAAUCCUGAACCGCCGUUGGGUGAUGGUUACGAUCAGUUGCAAAACCAAACCCGCACUCCUACUGAAUUUGGCCAAAGAAAUGAUCGCGUCGUGGCUAACGAUUACAACGCCCGACCGGAUCACAAGCUUCGAGACGCCGUUUUAGAAACUGCUUUCAGCAAAUUUGAGCAGCCACCGAGUACUGUUGGUGAUAAGAAGCAGCCAGCGCAAACCUGGACGCCAUCAAGCGAUUCGACCAUCCCCGGUGUCAAGGGCUACGAGAGCAGUGGUGAUGAAGGCGAGGAAGAGUUGACGCCAGAAAUGCGCCGUGAGCGUGAGCGUCUACAGCUAGAGGAAGAAGAGCAGAGAGUGGCCGCUGCGCAGUCUGAAUACCGGCAGCGACUGGCCGGCGCAGCGCAGGGAAAGAAGCCCGUACCCGGGCCUAAGCCUAGCAGUAUACAGGACAGGGUGCAGGCUUACAUGGCAGAGGAACAGACGCAGAACAGUGUGCCGCGAACGGCUGAAGGCUAUGGCAAGUACGCAGAUGCUGCCGCGGCUGCUAGUAAACUCAAGCCGCAGAUCAAACGAAAGCCGGUGCUUGAUGGCGUCGCCCGUUCAAGUACCAUGCCGCAGGCAGCUACGCCGGCGCCGAGAACGGAUAUUACGCCAGUUGCAAGCGCGCCAUCCCUUACAGGUCUUAACAAACCGACGCCUCGGCCGCCGCCCAAGAAGCCAGAGCACCUGAACAACAUCCCCACAGGCUCCGUCACACGCGACCGGUCGCUGUCGCCUGUAAAGAACAGAUUGCGGAACCAGCCGGAGCAGCUGGUUGCGGAAGACUUGCCUGGACAGCCGGCCUUGCCGUGGUCUACCCAGGACAAGGAGGAUUACAUAGACGAUUUCUCAAAUCGAUUCCCUAGCCUUAGCGCCAUUGAAGGAGGUGGCGGCCGCAGAUAG